AUGAGUGAUAAUCGAUCGUGGAUGUAUGCGAGAUACAAUGAUCGUGCUGCAUUUGAAACGGGACUUGAGAGUUUCCUCGAGUUUGCGAUAAAUCAAACAGCGUAUACAGAUGGAAUUGGUAACAUUAGGUGCCCGUGUAGGAAGUGUAAGAAUAAAGUCUUUGCAUCUGUACCUACAGUCAGAGAACAUGUUACUAGGCGUGGAUUUGUCCACAAUUACACGAACUGGUGUUAUCAAGGGGAAGCACCAGUGUAUAUGCCAGCAGAACAUACUAUAAUGGAUGAGGAUGAUGGGUUGACUUGUCUGCUCGGGGAUCAACCGUUUCAAGAAGAGGUUGUUACUAUUACGUCUACCCACACAACUGUGGACAUUGACCCACCAAUUCUUGUUCAUCCCCUCGGUGGAAUCGUUGACAUUGAAGAUGACGAUGACCCAGAAGACGACGACCAACCGUUGACAUCUGAUGACGACGCCAGUUGUGUCUAUACUUAUUUGAAUCAAUUUGAAAUAGGUACCAUGUCUCAUCGUAGAGGAUUGUUGGGGUUUGGUAGUCGGUCUUCUGGGCCUGAGCAGGAGCGACAGUCCUCCUCAGGCUCUGGGCCGUAUAUUUCCGCGACUCCAGAGUCUGGUUCCCCUCCACAGAGCGCUGCUGCAUCUGGGUCUAGAAGGCCCAAAGGCAAAUCAGUGGCGCAGAUUAGGGCCGAGUGUGUUAGGCGCGACGGGAGGAUCCUCUUUCAGAGGAAUACUGUUGGUAAGUUGAUCGAGCCCCCGGGGAUCUCCACCUGCUGCACGAACUCGUUUAAGAGGAUUCCGAACCCAGGCGGGUACACGUGGAAGUUAACUCCGCCAACGGUGCAGGAGUUGUAUUUUGAGGAAUUCAAGAAAGAGUUUACUUGGAACCCUGAUGAUGAGGCUGAUGUGAAAAAAAUGUGGUUAGAAAAGGCCCGCAAAAGGUACAGUGACAACAUGAGCGAGUAUAAGAGACAGCUCAAGCAGAAGACCGAGGCAGGGGAGAUGAUGGAGACACCGCUGGGCAUGUCCGACACCUUUUGGACGGGACUCAAGGCAUACUGGGAUCAAGAUGAGGUUAAGGCCGUUUCUAGGCGCGCACGUGAGAACCGAUACUCUGAGCCCGAUGGAGUUGGUACAGGGAUCAGUCGGCACGUUGGAGGGUCUCAGUCGAGUCGUAUUCUGCAGCAGAGUCUGCUCGUGGAUGGUGAAGUCCCCCCAACUGCAUCUAACUACAGCACUUUCCUCCGCCUACACAUGUACGCAGAUGGAACUUUUGUGUCAGAAAAGGAUGCCAACCUUGAUGCGGAGAUUCAUCGUGUUGCUGCUGAGACAGGACGAGAGGACCGACUCGAUGAGGUCUACUUGGAGCUCGUACAUCCCGGUAGGUCACGACUGUACGGCACUGGAAGUGCCGAUGUGAGCCAGUUCAGUAGGGGGUCUACCAACAGUACAUGCUCUUCCCAGAUGUCUCAGCGGAUGUAUGAGACUCGGAUCUCCACACUGGAGGAGCGUCUCCAAAAGGCUGAGGAGGAUAGGGCGGCCCAAGAAGCAGCACGUGAGGCCCUUGAGCAGCGGAUGAGUCAGUUCGAGGAGAUACUGAGGCGGUCGGGUCAGCUACCUUGAGCAUCACUUCUAUGUAUCUAUAUCAUGUUGAACUUUUUUUUUUAUGUUAUGUUUCUGAACAAACACAAUUACACUUGAACUUUGUUUAA